CAUGGACAAAACAUGUUAAUUCUAUACCAUUAUUAUUCAGAAUAAUCAAAAUUAUUCUAAAUUUCAUUAUGACCACAUCCGGUCCGGCCUCCGCCGGAUGCUUGUGUUGUUGCCUAAUAAUAAGCUGGAUCAUCAAGAUCAUAAUCACCAUAUCCAUCGUCAUCGGCCUAGCCCUCCUCUUCUUUUGGAUCAUAGUCAACCCACACAAAAUGAAGAUCCAAAUUGGCGAGGCCUCUCUUGCCCAGUUCAACUUCACCACUACAAACGAUACUCUUUACUACGAUCUCAACUUUGAUGUUGCAAUCCAAAACCCUAACAAGAUGAUGGGAUUUUUCUACGACAUGGUCGUUGUUGCUUCUGAUCAAGAAAACAAUUACGUUCAUUCUAAAUGGGAAGUGUUCUACCAAGGCCGUAAGACCACUACUACUAUGCUGUACAACUUUGCUGGAAAGAGAGAGCUUUACUUUGGAGAUUCCAAUGAACGGUCCAGAUUCAUUAAGAGGUUUGAAGAGGAGAAGAAACGUGGGAUGUUUGUUAUUAAUGUUAAGAUAGAGGAUUUUCGAGUGAGAGUCAGAUUGGGGAAGAUUCGGAUAGGUGUUUUCCAGCCCAAGGUUCGGUGUGAUCCAUUGAAUAAUGUUGCUUUAUUAAGUGAUCAUAAUAUGGGGAAAAAAGCUACUCAAAAUAGUGUUGAGUGCCAAGUUCAAUUCAAGGCAACCUCAAUCAUGGAACCUCUAGAUUAGAUAUUUAAUUGAUAGCUUUAUUCAUGUUUAAUUACGAUCCAUGCCCUUCCCUGUAAUCAAUUUGUUCAUAUAUAUGAUGUUUCUCUCAUCAAUUUGUUCGUAUAUGUUAAUGUGUUUGGUGUUGUAUAUAUAUAUAUAUAUAUCUCGCAAUAUCUUUGAUAGAGUG